UUAUCAACAGUCCGAACGAAAUAUCGGCCGCGUCGUUUAAUUUCUAGUCUGCGACUUGAUGUCAUGCGAGGAGAGCUGUCUAACCUAAUUCGGCUUGUUCAUGGAGUGCAAAAACACCUCAAAAGAAGUGAAUUUCAAAUCGAUUGCAGGAAUCAAGUCGAAUUCUUGUAUCACUGCUUAGCGUAAACUGCAAAACGGCGUCAACGCGCCACGGUUAAGUGCCAUUACAGCAACAAGGCGGACUAGGCGAAUAGCGCGCGCGUGUCCUCAACGCCCGGCCGGGUCUACCGACGUCGCGACGACGACGUCGAGCGCUUGUCAAUGUAUGCGACACGCGUCCGCCUGCAGAGUCUACUAGUAGGUUUUAAAGGAUGUGUGCAACAAUUAAAACUAGCAAAAUACAGCAAUGCUACACAACAUUCAGAGUCCAUUAAAAUACAGAAAGCCCUUGUGGUUUCUAAACUAUCACAUUAUGAAUUUGAGAUGAUCAGAUACAAUGAACUUGAUAAGGAUGAACUGGAAACUAGAAUUCGAAAGAGAGGAACAGACUUUGAGAAAAUGAUGUACUACCACAACUUACAUAAAAGCUUUGAGUUGAAUGUGGUGCAGCAGUUGGAGGGUUUGGGCAUUGAAGUUAAAGUAGUCAACAGACCAGACUAUUCUGAGGAUUUAAUAGAAUGGGCUGAUAUUGUUAUGCCAACUGGUGGUGAUGGAACGUUUCUGUUUGCCGCCAGUCGUGUGCGCAAUCAAGACAAAAUGGUGGUAGGUUUCAAUUCAGAUCCAAACAGAUCAGAAGGUCAUCUCUGUUUACCAAAAAAGUUCUCAUCUAAUAUCAAAGCAGCAAUUGUCAACUUACAGCAAGGAAGAUUUAAAUGGUUAAUGCGAAGCCGGAUAAGAACUACAGUGUUUGGACAAACAGGUUGUAAGUUAAAUCCGCAUCAUUUGCAUGAAGUGAAAGAAUGUGAUGCUUUGAAAUAUACCACAGUCGAAGAAGGUGGCACAGUGCUACCUUAUCUUGCGCUUAAUGAGGUGUUUAUUGGCGAAACGCUAUCCGCACGAGUGUCACAUCUAGGAAUGUGGUUGAAUGGUUCUGAUCAGCAAACGAAUUUAAAAAGUUCAGGCAUAUGUAUAUCAACUGGUACAGGCUCGACAUCAUGGAAUUUGAGUAUUAAUCGAUUACCCGUGCAGAGUGUCUCUGAACUUCUACGGUUGUUAGAUAUUGACGCUACUGAAGGACCCGAGAGUCUUGCCACUGUUUUAGCGAAAAUGUAUAAUAACAAUUUAAUAUUCCACCCAGAAGAUAAACGAAUGUGCUAUACCAUUAGAGAUCAAAUUUCCGCUGGUGUAUGGCCCCAACCUAAAGGCAUCAAGUCCCGUGGCUUUAUACGCGAGUUAAAAGUGAAGUCCAAUUGUCUGGAUGCUUGUUUAGUUAUAGAUGGUGGAGUUAGUUUUGAUUUUAAUGAUGGCACGCUAGCGAUUUUACAAAUACAGCCGGAAGAUGCCUUGCGGACAGUAAUAAUGGACGAUUAAGAUGUUUAGAAUAAGGUUUUGGUUCGCAAUCAUCCCGCAUUUUACGCAGUGUACCAAAAGAUUGUGAUACGCGUUUUUAAAGUUAGGUUCAACCUUUAUAUUUUACCUGUUAUUUUAUAUGUUUUAAAAUUGUUUAUAUACAGCCAACUCUUGUUUUAAAAAUACAUAGCAAUAUUACUAUUAUA